GGUUACUAUGAUGGUAACUAUUAUGGUACAUAUGAUGGUAAGUACGAUGGCAAGUAUGAUGGUAAGUAUGAUGGUAAGCAUGGUAAGUUUUAAGAUGAAGGAUGAUGACAAGUGUACAAGUGUAUCGAGAAGGAUGAGAGGAAGGGUUAUUACUACAAGCACUAUCAUAAUGGCGAGAAGCAGGACUAAAGGGGGUAUGGCAUGAAGUGGAAUGAGAAAGGGCACGAUAAGAAGCAGCACAACAGCCGCAGGACGAUGAAAAGAAGUAUGACGAAAAGAGCUACGACGAGAAGAACAAGCACAGGAAUUUCAGUGAUUAUGAGGGUGAGAAACUGGAAGAGUGACAAGAAGAGCAACAGAAUUUAGAGUGAAAAGUCUGAUUGCAUGAACACAUUGAGCGAUGCUUUACUUUCACGGAGGAUGCAAAGUGUACAAGAGAUGGCGACAAUGACAUUCAGGAUGAUGGACAAGCUUUUCUCUAGCAGCUUUUACAUGGUAGUGGAACAGGGAUCAUCGCCAAAGCCACCAGACAUAAACUGCAUUAAACAGAAGACAAGCUUGACUUGCUCAUCCUGUGCUGCGAGGACAGCAGAAAAGGGUAAUUUUAAAUAACUGUACAACGCAAGCAGAUAUUUCAAAAAUAUGGAUUCCGUUCGCUUCCUUCUGGCAUCUACAAGUGAGUGUGGGUAGUUUGUACCUUCUCAUGAAACUGAUUCAUUGCAGUCAAAUGUAUGGCUUCAGCUUUGCUUGGUUGUGUUGUUCUUAUUGACGGCAAGUGGACUAUAAAACCUUAUGACAGGGUUGCUUUGUUACGGACUUGCCCCAUUCAUCUCAUGCUUUCCCAUCCUUUGCCAURGUGAKAUCGGUAGCACGGGUAGCCUUGUUUUCUUUCCCCCCUAAACAAAAAGGACCUUAUGGG